CCUUCCUCUGUUCCUGUCGUAAAGCAGAGAGAGAGAGAGAAAAUUCAAUACCCGCAUCAAAUCUCACGUCCAUAAAACAAGACAAUCUCUCUCUAUCUCUCUCUCUCUCUCUCUCUAGCCUCUGUUUUGUUCCUUCCUCCGCGCGUGUGGUCUGCUCGCAACCGUCGUUCCCUCUCUCUCUCUAACCCCCCGUCCCCUCCGCCGUUCUGCGGCGGCGAUGGCGGCGGAGAUGGAGGUGGAUCAGCUGACCUCGGGCGCCAGCAACCGCAUAAUCCCCAUCCUCCGGGCGCUGCGGGCCUCCCUCGCCUUCGUCUACGGCCUCCUCUUCGCCCUCCUCGUCUUCCUCCUCCCCCGCCGGCGCAGCGGCGGCCCGCGCCGGCUCUCCCCGCCGUCGCGCUCCCGGCUCCGGCGGCUGGACGAGGAGGACACCGAGAGGCGGAGGGCCCUCGCGGAAGCGGUCGAGAUGGGUUGCGAGGAUGAGGACGGGGACGACGACGAUGGCGGCGUCGUGCGCGCCUGCCGGCGGAGCACGUGCUUGUUCUACGGCGUCAGGAGGAACGCUCUCUUCUGCAGGUCGUGGUUCCCGGCGACCGGUGAAGUCAGGGGGAUUUUGGUCAUCAUUCAUGGGCUCAAUGAGCACAGCGGAAGAUAUGCCCAUUUUGCAAGACAGCUAACAUCCUGCAACUAUGGUGUUUAUGCAAUGGACUGGAUCGGUCAUGGGGGCAGUGACGGCUUGCAUGGAUAUGUUCCUUCACUAGAUUACGUUGUUGCUGACAUUGCAGCCUUCUUGGAAAAGAUCAAAUCAGACAACCCUGGUAUACCGUGCUUCCUGUUUGGUCAUUCUACUGGAGGGGCCGUGGUUUUGAAGGCCGCUUCUUAUCCUCAUAUUGAAGAUAUGCUGGAAGGAAUAAUAUUAACCUCACCAGCUUUACGUGUGAAACCUGCACACCCAAUUGUUGGGGCUGUGGCUCCUCUGUUUUCUCUAGUCGCACCAAGGUUCCAGUUCAAGGGUGCCAACAAAAGGGGAAUCCCUGUGACAAGAGAUCCUGUGGCUCUAUUGGCCAAAUACAAUGAUCCAUUAGUCUACACUGGACCAAUCAGGGUCAGAACAGGCCACGAAAUUUUAAGGAUAUCCUCUUAUCUGAUGCGGAACAUAAAAUCCGUUACUGUUCCAUUCUUUGUUCUUCAUGGAACCGCAGAUAGGGUCACUGACCCUCUGGCCUCCCAGGAUUUGUACAAUGAAGCAGCGUCCAAGUUUAAGGAUAUAAAGCUCUAUGAAGGAUUCUUACAUGACCUUCUCUUUGAGCCUGAGAGGGACGAGAUCGGUCAGGACAUAAUUGAUUGGAUGGAAAGGAAAUUAGGUGCUGGUUCCGAGAAGGUUAGAGUCUGGUAGAUCUCUUGCCCACUUAAACAAGGGCCAAAAUCUCAAGUAUUUGGAGUUGGUUGAUUACUGUAGGUUUCUAUAUAUUCUGUUUGGGGGUCUUUUAUGUGUAUGGCAUGUCCUGCCAAUGAAAAUGUAUCUAGUAAUGUAUGGCAUGUCUUGCCAAUGAAACUGUAUCUAGUACUUUAGAAAAUACGUGUGUGGCUCAGCAUUGUUGAAAAAGAACAUUACGCUUUUGCCUGAUU